AUGCAGCGGCGCUCGCUCCCCGCGCCGGCACCCUCGUUUCGCGAGAAGAAGACAAAGAUCUUGCAGCAGCUGGGCGUGCCAGACGCGGAAUACUUUGACGCCUCACCCAAGGGGUCCGUUGACGAGGGCAUCCGCGACUUGAUUGACGAGAUUAACCGCGCCGAAGGCUUCGUUACGACAAGCAGCUGUGCAGGUCGGGUCAGCGUGUUCCUUGAGGGCAGGAAGGGGGCUGCAGCGGCAAAUACGGGCCCUGGCCUUGAAGUUGAUAAUGAUGUCGUGAGAGACGACGAGCUUGUUCGGCAACCGCGACAGCGGGAACAGGUUGCUGGCGUGGGCGGGAAAGGCGCCGGUGGCACAUGGCUUCAUGUGUCUCAUGACCCUGUCGCCUGCGACACCGAUGAGAAGUUCAACGCCUGGGUCACGGGCCUGGGUUUUACGGCAGACGACGAGUCUAUACCUUCAAGUAGAAGUCGCGCGAGCACGGAGCGCAGGCUGAUACACUUCAAAUUUGAACCCAUGAUCCUCCAUAUCCUCACCUCCUCCCUCACCCACGCGCAGCUCAUCCUUCGCGCCGCGCUGCAAGCCGGCUUCCGCGAGUCGGGCGCCAUUAACAUCGUGGACGCUUCGUCGGACGGUCAAUCCGCGACGCCCAUUGUCGCCGUCCGCUCCAUGGGCCUGGGCUUCGAGUCUUUGCUCGGGUACGACGACGCUCUGGCGGGUGGGCAGUGGCAGCGGCGACGACUCGUGGACGCGGGUUACCUGCGUACGGUACUAGACAUCGGCAACGAGCGCUUCUCAGAAAACGCGAAGCGCAUUGCAAGGUUCCGCGAGUCGUUUAGGUUGGCUCUGCGAGACCCCGAGCCGAGGAAGAACCCUGCCGGUGGGGAGUGGGAGGACGCGGCGCAGCGAAAGGAGAGGAUGCGAGCAGAGGGGCUGAAGAGGAAAGCCGAGCUCGAGGCUGCGAAGAGCCAGAAAAGCGCCGCGGAAGAAACCGAUGAGUUCCCGUGA